GGAGGAACCCUCGUUGGUCCCAUAAAACAGAUGUGAUUUUACACGUUUGCCGUGUCGCAUCUUCGUCCGUAACGUAGAAGGUAGGUGACAGAGCUCGGGAUCCAUCUUCUCCGGUUCGAUUUCCUUCCGCAUCUCCGUUUCGUCGAACUUCUGAAUCCGUCAUCGGAAUUCUCACCUCCGUGUGCUCUCUCUCUAUCUGUAGCGAACAAUCGAUCGCUUGAUCAGAUCAGAGUUCUGAGAGUAUAGUUUGCCUCUAUGAGAUGUCCACGUUGCGCUUGGUGCGUAAUGUCUAGGGAGUCUUCAGGUUCCGAGCACAAGCAAGUUUGCACCUCACACGAUGGUUGGAUCGCUGCAGUAAAGAGAGUCUUUAUGGCUAGUGGGGCGAUAAGGAGAUUUCAAGAGCGCGUUUUAGGGCCGAGUAGGACUGGUAUUUCCAGCACUACGAGUGAGAUAUGGCUUCUGGGUGUCUGUUAUAAAAUCUCUGAGGAUGAAUCCUCAGCAGAAGCAGAUGCUGGCAGUGUAUUGACUGCAUUCAAACAAGAUUUUUCAUCCAAAAUAUUGAUGACAUAUCGUAAAGGUUUUGAUCCUAUUGGAGACACAACAUACACCAGCGAUGUUGGCUGGGGUUGCAUGCUUCGAAGCAGCCAGAUGCUUUUUGCACAGGCGUUGCUCUUUCAUACGCUGGGAAGGUCUUGGAGGAGAAAAGAGAAUCAGCCUCCUGAACCUGAAUACUUGGAGGUAUUGGAGCUUUUUGGUGAUUCUGAGGCUUCAGCUUUCUCUAUUCACAAUCUUAUACAAGCUGGACAACUUUAUGGCCUCGCUGUUGGGUCAUGGGUUGGACCAUAUGCCGUUUGCCGUUCAUGGGAAUCAUUAGCUCGCAAGAAGAUAAAGCAAACCGACAUUAAGCACCAACCGCUUCCUAUGGCUGUUCAUAUUGUUUCUGGCUGCGAAGAUGGAGAGAGGGGUGGGGCUCCGAUUCUCUGCAUAGAUGAUGCCUCCAAAUCUUGUUUAGAGUUUUCGGAAGGACGGGCUGCAUGGACUCCACUUCUUCUUUUGGUCCCAUUGGUUCUCGGGCUCGAUAAAGUGAAUCCCAGGUACAUACCAUCUCUGGUAGCGACUUUCACAUUCCCACAGAGCCUCGGCAUCUUGGGUGGCAAACCAGGUGCCUCAACUUACAUAGUUGGCGUACAAGAAGAUAAAGGUUUCUACCUGGAUCCGCAUGAAGUU